GGCUAAGAGAGGGGACGGCUCGCCUUCUUUUGCCACGACCCUCCCCGCGCACUUCCGUAUCCUUCUAUCCCGCGUGGGGCGUCCGGCGGCGCGCGGUGCUGGGGAUUCCACAGAGGCGGAACGUCCCCGCCCGAGUUCCGGUUUCCGAGCACGAGCCGAGGCACUUUGGGCGACGGCCCCGGGGACCCGGAGCUCUGAAGAGGACGGACCAUAGAGGUUGUCUGAAGGCCGAGGCCAAGAUGGCGGCGCUGGCGGCUCCUGGCCUGCUCCGUGGGAUCCUUGCUCUUCGCUCUGGCGUGGGCGCAGCUCUGCAGGUGCGCGGGGUCCAUCCGAGCUUGGCUGCUGACAGCCCGAGCAGCACCCACCCCGCCGUGUCCCAGGCCGGAGCCGUGGUCCCCAAAUCCGCCGCCCUUCCCAGCAGCCGGGGCGAGUAUGUGGUGGCCAAGCUGGACGACCUCAUCAACUGGGCCCGCCGGAGCUCCCUGUGGCCCAUGACCUUUGGCUUGGCCUGCUGCGCCGUGGAGAUGAUGCAUAUGGCAGCGCCCCGCUACGACAUGGACCGCUUCGGCGUGGUCUUCCGCGCCAGCCCCCGCCAGUCCGACGUGAUGAUCGUGGCUGGGACGCUCACCAACAAGAUGGCCCCCGCGCUCCGCAAGGUCUAUGACCAGAUGCCAGAGCCUCGCUACGUCGUGUCUAUGGGGAGCUGCGCCAACGGAGGUGGCUACUACCACUACUCCUACUCUGUGGUGCGGGGCUGCGACCGUAUUGUGCCCGUGGACAUCUACGUCCCAGGCUGCCCGCCCACAGCCGAGGCCCUGCUCUAUGGCAUCCUGCAGCUGCAGAAGAAGAUCAAGCGCGAGAAGAGGCUCCAGAUCUGGUACCGCAGGUAGUGCCGCUGCCUGGCUGCCCUGCGGCGUCUGCGCUCUUCCCCCAGAGGCGGUCAAUAAAGCCCAUAAAUCCGC